AAGUUAAUCAAGGCCAGUUGUAGUGCCAGGAAGUAUUGUCGCUCUUACAGAUGGAGAAAGUAGAAUCGUUUUCUGUUCUUAAGUUGAAUACAUGGAUCGUUAGACAGUGCGAAGCAAUGGGUAUGAAACUAAAAGCUAUUAAUAUGGGGCUGAAACAGCCUACUCCCAUUCAGACCAAUUGCAUUCCACACAUUCUUUCUGGCGAAGACUGCAUAGGAUGUGCCAAAACUGGUAGUGGUAAAACAUUAGCAUUUGCUCUACCAAUUCUACAAAAACUGUGUGAAGAGUCAUAUGGAAUAUUUGCUCUUGUACUAACGCCCACAAGAGAAUUGGCUUUUCAGAUUGCAGACCAGUUUGCUGUAAUUGGCAAGGCAAUCAAUUUGAAACAAUGUGUAAUUACGGGUGGGAUGGAUAUGGUGUUGCAGGGGCAGGAAUUGGCCAGGAGGCCUCAUAUUGUGGUUGCCACACCUGGAAGGUUAGCUGAUCACUUGGAAAGUUGCAAUACAUUUUCACUGAAGAAAAUAAAAUUUCUUGUCUUGGAUGAGGCAGACAGGUUAUUAGCAGGAGGAGGUGAUUUUGAUAAACAGUUGAAGGUCAUUUUCAGUGCCCUUCCCAAGAUAAGACAGAACUUGCUGUUCAGUGCAACAAUCACAGAUGCACUGGAGAAAGUGAAAGAAGUUGCAAGAAAUAAGGUUUUCAUGUGGGAGGACCCAGCUGAUGUGGCAACAGUGAAUCAGCUGGAGCAGUUUUAUAUCUUAUGUCCUAUGAAUGUAAAAGACAGUUAUUUGGUUCAGACAGUGCGCAUGUUUCGAGAGAAGAAGGAGAAAGGCUCCAUCAUGAUUUUCACAGAUACAUGCAAGAACUGUCAGCUUUUGUCCAUGACUCUGAAUGAGGUUGAGUUUGAGAAUGUAGCGCUGCACGCCAUGAUUCGCCAGAAAGAACGAUUGGCAGCAUUGGCAAAGUUCAGAUCCAAUAUUAUUAGGAUUCUCAUUGCUACAGAUGUUGCCAGUAGAGGAUUGGAUAUACCAGCUGUGGAAUUAGUAGUAAAUCACACGAUUCCUAAUCUUCCCAAAGAUUACAUUCACCGGGUUGGCCGUACGGCUCGCGCUGGGCGCAGUGGCGUGGCAAUAUCUCUGGUUACACCUCAUGAUAUCAAGCUUUUACAUAGUAUUGAGGAAGCCAUCAGCACAAAGCUGAAAGAGUAUGUGGUAGAAGAUAAAGAGGUAAUGAAGAUUCUCACCCAAGUGUCAGUAACGAGGAGAGAAGCAGAAAUCAAGCUAGAUGAAACAAACUUCUAUGAGAAGAAGCUCAUCAAUAAAAGGAAAAAUCUCAUUCUAGAAGGUAAAGAUCCUGAUGAAUUGGAGGAAGAAGAGAAACUUAAAAGGAAAAGGAAAAGGAAAGCUGAAAAGAAGAGCAAACACUUAUCUUGACGAGAUCAUCAUAGCUGCCUGUUACGACUGCCACAAUACUGAGCAGGGAUAGGCUCUCGGACUUACUCGGUCUCCUGUCCAGUGGGUACCAGGGUAAAGCAGCCAGCUGACCGCGUCUGACUCCGUCUAGUGUCAAGACCAAGAAUGUGUGGAACUUUACCUCCACUUCCCCAUACAUCCAUAUGGCAUGAUGCUUAGUUAAACACCAGGGAUGACCUGGUUUUGGAUAGGGACCAGUGGCAGGCUCUUACGACGUGGUAGUGAAUCUUCAGAUUCCAUAAAUGGCAGGGGAUUUCUUUACCAACUGAGCAAAUAUUAACUUUUCAAGAAGAACUCUGCUCCAUGGAAUUAAUGCUUUUAUUUGAAAGUGAAUACAUGUUUCAGUAUUAUGAUUUCUGUACAGCAAAUAAUAUUUGUAUGUACUGUUUACAAAAUAUUAUACUGCAAUUCUUUGGAUUAUAAAGUAGACUGUUCUCCAUGGUUAAAUUAUUAGCUCCUAUCCAACAGAUAGGACGUCUGUAUGUUUUUUUAAAUAUCUUGGAUCCAGUUCUGUUUUCCAUGGAACAAUUUAACUAAGAGAUUAACACAUAAAACUGGGAAAUGUCAGUUCCUAAGGUACACAUGCUAAACAACUGAAAUUAUGUUAAAAGGGUGUAUAUAUAAAUGUAAGCAAAUACUGCAUAUUUAUAUUCACCAUGUUUCCAAGUUUAUGAAUAAUUUUUUGAGUUGCAUUAGAAACUUUAUUUAAUUAAAAUGUCCAUCCAAUAUUAACAAAGAAAAAAUCUUAGAUUAACAGACAAAUGAUUGUUUACAGUAACAUAUUUGUAGACAAAAAUAUUUAUAUUUGGAGGAGUAUAUUAUGCUUAUUUUGAAAAUUAAAGAGUUGUGCACAUUAAAACCAAAAUUACACAAAAGUUUCCAUGUUCUACUAAUAAACUAAUAUAAGACUGAAGAUGAUCUGGUAACAUCCUUCUCCCCCCCCCCCUUAUUAUUCUUCUUCAAAUGCACAGUUCAAUAGAAAAAG